AUGGAUUUGUUCAAUGUCAGUGUAUCUGGCAACCCCAUCGACCGCGGCCUUGUAUCCAGACUUGUGAAAAGCAUCAUGUAUACCCCGCUUCAGUGGCCGCAUCUUCUGUCGCUGUGCGCGUGCCUAAUACUGGGUGGAUUGUAUCUCCGCAAGCUACCACUCCCCCCGGGCCCAUCACCACUUCCAAUCAUUGGAAAUAUUCAUCAGCUUCUGUCAAAACCUCUACCUGAGUUACUGCUCGAAUGGCACCAAAAAUACGGGCCCAUUAUCAGUUUCCGGUCCGGCAGCCGGCUCAUGGUCAGCAUUGCCUCGCACGAUGUCUGUCAGGAUCUGAUGUUGCGGAAGGGCACUCUCUACAAUAGCCGCCCGGAGAUUGUGGUUGCGGGUCGGCACGCCACUCGGGGCCUGCACAUCGCACUCAUGCCUUUUGGCAAAAAAUGGCAAGCCCACAGGCGCAUUCUCGCAUCCGUCACUACGGAAAAUGCCUCCCGCAAGUACCGGCAGCUAGAGGAAGUUGAAAGUCUUCAAGUGAUGAUUAACUUGCUCACAUCUAACGACUUCUUAGCAAACUUCCGCCAGGCCGAGAUCCAUCAGUCCGAACAACUGACUUAUCGAAUAAUGGAGGUUCUGUUCAACUUCCAUUUUGCACUCGGUGAAAUUUUCCCGGUCCUCGACUAUCUUCCCGGCUUCCUUGCACCCUGGAAAGCCUUCGGCAAGGGAUUCUACUCCGAGGCAACUUCGCUCUACUCCAGAAACCUACUCAAAGCCCAGUCCACCUCGUCAUGGAACUGGGUCAAGCAUAGCCUCACUCGUCCCGAAGCACGAGAUAUGCCGACUGAUGAGCUGUCCAUGCUCUUUGGAGCCUCCCUCCAGGCUGCUUUCGAAACAGUUCCUUCAGUCCUCCGCGUCUUCGUAAAAGCCAUGCUCCUUCACCCGGAAUGUGUGGUAAAGGCACAGACUGAACUCGACCAAAUUGUCGGCUCUGACCGCGUUCCCUCCUUUUCCGACAUGCCUUCCCUACCUUAUAUCAAGGCCAUCGUGAACGAAUGCUGCCGGUGGCAAGCAGUGAUACCUCUCGGCGUUCCACACUGCAACACCCGCGGCGAUGAGUACGGUGGCUAUCGCUUUUCUAAGGGCACAACGGUAUUUGCAAAUACAUGGGCCAUUGGUUUCAAUGAAGGCCUCUACCGUAAUGCCCGCGACUUCCUUCCCGAACGGUGGGUGGAGAACCCGGAGCUUCCUAAUAGCGCCCCCUUCGGGUAUGGCCGGCGCGUAUGCCUGGGUAAAUUUAUCGGUCGAGAUAGUCUGUUCAUUAACAUUGCCCGACUACUAUGGGGUUAUAAAUUUGCUCAUGGGGAGCGGGAGGUCGCGCUCUGGGAUAUCGAUCAUGCUUUCUCUUCUAGUCCGCGUGAUUUCGAUGCCAAGUUUAGCAUUCGGAGUGCCAAGCAUCAUGAGACACUAGAAAGGGCGUGGGCAGUUACGGACACUGAUCCCAAUGUAAUCCUUGGAAAGAUUGCGACGGAUUAUCAGGCUUGA